GGUUAGCGAAUAGGAAUUAUUCUUAUUAUUUCGUAUCCCUUCCCAAUCGUGUCGUGUUUCAAGACUACUCCAAGAUUUAGUCUUAUUCGCCAUGGUAUUGAUGAUUUCCUAAAGAGGAAAUCGUAUUCCUUCUUAGUAUGCUUUAUAGAGAACCUAAAAGAAUUAAUCCUGCUAAAAUUGGAAGAGGAAUUUUAAUAUUUGAGGGUGCGCUACUUUGUGGUUCGUUAGCACUUUGGAGUAGUUUGUGUAGAAUUCCAGGACAAUAAACUUCUUUGAUAGCAUUAUAUUUUCUACACCAAAAAUUUCCAUCGAUGUUAAAUGGUUUUUAUUAUAUACAUGAAAAAGUAUCAGGUGAUGAUUCAAUGAGAACAGCUGACAAGAUGAAAUGGGAAUAAAAUUAAGAUUUAGUAUUCAUGGCGUUCUUCAAAUCUAUGUUACUGUUAAUAGGUGGUGGAGGUUUAGGAUAUUACCUAAUACAAACGCUGUCAAUAAGUCAACGUGAAUUGGAAGAGUUCCUUGCGUAUGAUAAUUCGCCUAAAAGAUCUACAACAACGGAGGAUAAAAAUAAAGUCUUGAAACAAUUGAGGAAGAUAAAAGAAUCAAGUGAGGAGAAACUUAUGAAAUCUGUAUCAGUGUUAUUUGAAGAUAAUAUAAACAAUACUAACAAAUAGCAUUCAGAUAACAAUAAGAUGGAGAACACUAAUUUCAUCGAAGGAAGUUUACCGGAACGUAUAAAUAAGAGAGAUCGUGAAAGGAAAAACAUCAUUGAAAGACGGAAAGAAGAACGACAAUCUCUCGCAGUAGAAUCAGAACAAAGUAGUUAUUUUAAGGAUACGUUUUAUUCGUCGUGUAAAAAAAUAAAAGAUAUGCUAGAUGACGCAUCUAGUGCACCACCAUCAUCGGUACUUUCCGUGUCUUUUGAUAAAAUAAGCAAAGAAAUUUUGAUGCUUAAAAAUUACCUGUCACAAUCGAAAAUGUAUUUAAAAGUUUAUGACAUUAGAAAGGCACAGGAAAAUUUACAAUUGUUAGAAAAUGAAGCUUCGGAAUUGGAAAUGAAACUUUUACCGAAGAAAAAGUUUGGAUUUAAGAAUAGAAGAGUUGUUAAAAAACCAACAGAAAAAACGUACGACGUGACCGAUGGAUUAAAAGAUCUCAAAAUAUCGGAAGGUAUCGUUAAUGGUUCGUCCAAACAAAAUAACAAAUUGUUUAAUAAAUAUGGAGAGAAUGCUUGUAUAUUAGUAGGAAAGUUGGACGAACAAAUAGUAUUGGAUGCUGAAAACGUUAAUAAGAAUGAUAUUCUUCUUUCUGAUUUAACUCGAUGUACAGUAAGAAUAUAUGGCACGCCUAUUACGUUGCAUAUGAUUAAUUUGAAACAAUGUACUAUCUUAGUAGGACCGGUAACAUCAUCUGUAUUUGCUCAUGACUGUAUUGAUUGUACAUUUGCUUUUGCAUGUCAACAAUUUCGAUUACAUUCGUCUACGGAUUGCACUAUAUACCUCCACGUUACUAGCAGAGCAAUUAUAGAAGAUUGUACAAAUAUAAGAGUAGCACCUUACAAUUGGUCUUAUGAAGAUCAAAUGAAUCAUUUCUGUUUGGCUGGUCUCGAUCCAAAAAUUAAUAAUUGGAAUUGUAUAGAUGACUUUAAUUGGUUAUCGAAUGAGAAACAUUCGCCUAAUUGGUCGAUACUCGAACCUGAAUUACGUAUUAAAAAUUGGGAUUAAUGUAAUUAAAAUUUAUCAUUAAAAAAAAAAAAAAAAAAAAAAA